UUGUUCCCAGCAGUCAGACUUAUCGCCCAGUCACACCCCCACAUAUACUGUAUAUAUACUGGUGUACGUGUUCCUCUACUGGCCACUCAACCUUCAGGUUCACUUUCUCUGCUUCCACAUCUUCUCGUCUCUCAGGUAUUUUGCGUUUAUAAUCUGAUUCUACAUUUUUCUCGCACUGUGAGAUCAUGUUUGUUAUGAUUUGGAACUAUAUACAAACAAAAUUGAGUUUGGUUCAAUCCCAACUCAUCUGGUGGGUCUCGGGGGUCUUGGCACAUUUUGUUCUGCAAAAUAUUUUAAUACAAUCAAUACAUAUGUCUAAAAAGCAUUUUUUGUAAAUUACAGGACAACUGUACAUCCUCAGCCAUGGGAAACGCCCCCAGCAACAACCCCAUUAACAGCAACAACCCCAGCAGCAGCAACUGCAACAACAGCAGCACCAACAGCAGCAACAAGAUCCUCUCAAACAGCAACUCAAGCCAAAACUCAGUCAACAUUGGAGGCAAUGUGCAGCUGUACCGGACCCUGAGCCGUGCAAACCCAUCGGGGAAUAUGUUGGUGUCUCCGCUGAGCAUCAGUUCAGCUCUGGCUAUGGUCUACCUGGGAGCCAGAGGAGACACAGCUGAUCAAAUGGCCCAGGCCUUGUCAUUCCAACCUGGUGAAGCCGUCCACGCCGAAUUCAAGAAGCUGAUCGAAGACAUCAACUCACCAUCGAAAUCAUACAUUCUGAAAACAGCCAAUCGUCUGUAUGGGGAGAAAACCGCAAAGUUCUUUCCUCAAUACCUAGAAGACAAGCAUGAGUACUACAAGGCUGACCUGAAGUCUGUGGAUUUCAUCGAGGCAUUGGAGGCGAGCAGAAAGGAGAUCAACACCUGGGUCGAGCAGCAGACAGAAAAUAAAAUAAAAGAUCUCCUGAGGCCGGGGACAGUCUCUGAAGGUACGAGGCUGGUUCUGGUCAAUGCCAUCUACUUGAAGGCAGACUGGAUGUAUCCCUUUGAUAAAGCAGAAACCAAAGAGAUGCCCUUUAAAGUCAGCCCGACUGAGAGCAAACCAGUCCAGAUGAUGUUCCAGAAGAAGAAUCUGAACUACAUGAACAUCCCUGACUACGGUCUGCAGAUCCUGGAGCUGCCGUUUGUGGAGGAGGAGCUUAGCAUGUUCAUCCUGUUGCCUGAACAGUCCACAGACGGCUCCCACCCUCUGCUGAAGCUGGAGAAGGAGCUGACGCUGGAGAGGCUGAAUGAAUGGACCGACAGGGAAAACAUGUUAGUCCACUCAGACAUCCACGUUCACCUGCCAAAGUUCAAGCUGGAGGAGGACUACCAGCUGAAGGAGCCUCUGUCUGAGCUGGGCAUGACGGACGUGUUCUCCCCAUCACAGGCCGACCUGUCUGGAAUGAACGGUAGAAGAGAUCUCUUCCUGUCUGAGAUGGUACACAAGGCCUUCAUGGAGGUGAACGAGGACGGCAUAGAGGCGGCUGCGGCCACAGGAGCUGUGGUCUGUGCUGGUAGCUGUGGGUCAGAGAAGGAGGGACACUUCACAGCAGACCACCCCUUCCUCUUCUUCAUCUGGCACAAUAAAACCAAGUCCAUCCUCUUCCUUGGCAUGUUCUCAUCUCCUCAGUAGACAGAACCAGGAGAGGAAGAUAUUCAAAUAAAAGCUUAAUCCUUUAAA